UAUAGAAUUAGAUUAUAGUACUUCUAAUUAUAACAGUUAGUAUUAUUUAGUACUUAGUAUACUAUAUAGGACUAAGAUGGCAGUGAGAAUGAGUUCAUAUAACUACUUACACCUGUUCUCUUUGCCAUUGUUAUUGUACUGCUUGUGCUUAGGCAGUACGCCAGUCAACAGUAAGCAUGACUACAAAGACGCAUUGGCCAAGUCCAUCUUGUUCUUCCAAGGCCAAAGAUCAGGGAGACUCCCUAAAGAUCAACGCGUCACCUGGCGAUCUCAUUCAGGCCUUCAUGACGGUUCACUCGCUGGUGUGAACUUAAUGGGAGGGUACUACGACGCAGGAGACAAUGUGAAAUUCAACUUUCCCAUGGCUUACACAACCACCAUGUUAUCAUGGGGGGUGUUAGAGUUUGGGGGGAGAAUGGGUCCUGAGUUGAACAACACAAGGGCCGCCAUUCAUUGGGCUACAAACUACCUCUACAAAUGCGCAACUGCCACCCCCGGGAAGCUAUACGUUGGGGUGGGUGACCCCAUUGCGGAUCACCGAUGCUGGGAGAGACCAGAAGACAUGGACACUCCUAGAAAUGUCUACUCUGUUUCUCCCAGCAACCCAGGCUCUGAUGUUGCUGGUGAAACUGCAGCUGCACUCGCUGCAGCUUCUAUAGUUCUUCGAAGCACUGAACGGAAGUACGCAGCUAUGCUUUUGAUGACGGCAAAGAAAGUGAUGCAAUUUGCUAUACAGUACAGGGGAGCUUACAGUGAUUCUCUUAGAUCAGCUGUCUGCCCUUUCUAUUGUUCAUAUUCAGGGUACAAGGAUGAGCUCCUAUGGGGAGCAGCCUGGUUAUUCAGAGCAACAAAAGAGAACUAUUACUUAAAUUUCAUCAAUUCACUGGGAGCUAAUGAUGCCACUGAUAUCUUUAGCUGGGACAACAAGUUUGCUGGUGCGCGAGUCCUUCUCUCCAGGAAUGCCUUGCUGAACAAGGAUAAAAAUUUUGAGCCUUUCAAGCAAGGAGCAGAAGAUUUCAUAUGCCGCAUAUUGCCCAACAGCCCUUCUACUUCCACCCAAUACACACCAGGAGGUCUGAUGUAUAAGCUCAGCGGCAGUAACCUCCAAUAUGUGACAUCCAUCAGCUUUUUACUUACAACUUAUGCCAAGUUUAUGUCAGUUUCUAGGCAUACAUUCAACUGCGGCUCUGUCGUGGUCACCCCAUUAACUUUAAGACGUCUCUCUAGAAGACAGAUAAAUUACAUACUUGGAGACAACCCAAUAAAGAUGUCGUACAUGGUAGGAUAUGGCGCAAAUUAUCCCAAGAGAGUUCAUCAUAGAGCGUCCUCCUUGCCUUCCUUGGCCCAACAGCGACAAGCUAUUGGUUGCAGCAAUGGCUUCCAAUCUUACUAUUACACCUCAAAUCCUAAUCCCAACCUUCUGAUUGGAGCAGUUGUUGGAGGUCCAAACCAGAAUGAUGCCUACAACGAUGACCGCACAGACUAUAGUCAUUCCGAGCCAGCAACAUAUACAAAUGCAGCUAUGGUUGGAACCCUUGCUUCCUUUGCUUAGGAACUAACCCGAAAAUUCCAGUUCCACUUCCAACUUCAGUUGACGCAAUACAAAAACAUGCUCUUAAUGUAGAUACUCUGCCAAUAAUAUGUGCAGAAUGUUGAGCACUGUUUUCUUUUUCUUUUCUUUUUUUCCCCUUUUAUUUGUCUUUAUUUCCUCUGAAUUUCACCAUGUAUUGUGAAAUUUUGGUGAAAGAUGUGGCAACAAUAGAAGCAAAUCAACAUAUUUCUUCACAAACCAUAUGCCCAUUAAAUUA